AUGGCUUUCAAGCCUGCUCUCAUUGUUGUGGACAUGCAGAACGACUUCUGCCCCCCUAACGGCUCACUGGCAGUGUCAGGCGGCCGUGACAUUGCCCCACUUAUCAACAAGCUACUUCAUUCCCAACAGUUCGUCCUGAAGGUGGCUACUCAGGAUUUCCAUCCCAAAGAUCACAUCUCAUUCGCAAGCAAUCAUCCUGAACCCAACAACAAGCCAUUCGAAUGCUUCGUUGACGUCCAGAAUGUCAUCGGUAACAAGCCCAAUGAGACCAUGAAGCAACGUCUCUGGCCAGUCCAUUGCGUGCAAGACACUCUUGGAGCUGCAUUAAUUGACGAGCUCGAUUCAGACCAGUUUGACAUCACGGUGAGAAAAGGUAUGAAUUCUGAUGUCGAGAUGUAUUCGGCCUUUUCCGAUUCAUUCGGAAACCUCACUGCUGGAGCAGGGGGGGUGAAUCUUGACCUUGCUGAUGAGUUGAGGGGACGGGACAUUUCGCAUGUCUAUGUUGUUGGAUUGGCUGGUGAUUAUUGUGUGAAGGAUACAGCGUUGAGCUCUGCGAAAGCUGGAUUCACCACUUAUGUGAUAGAAGAAGGUCAGAGAUGUGUGGAUUCGGGCUCGUGGGAGGAAAUUAAGACUGCUCUCACACAAGGAUCGGUGUCUGUCAUUGGAUCCGAAAGUGAUGAAUCCAGACGCAUUCUCACCGCCUGA